AUGCCGGGUCUUCUGGAAGAACAGACGUUCAAGACUAUCGAGAUCAAGGAGCUACAUCCGACUUUCGGGGCUGAGGUCUUGGGCGUGAACUUCGAAGAUGUAUCUGAAGAGCAGUUUUCGGAGAUUAUGGCUGCGAUGACGAAGUACGGCGUCUGCGUAUUCCGCAACACGGGGCUCACGGAUGAAUCACACGUGGCCUUCUCGCGGCGCUUCGGCGAGCUUGACACCAUCCGUCGAUACAUGCCGCCGGGCCGCCGGCCGCGGUACGGCUUCUACGAAUUAUUCGACGCGGGCAACGUGUCGACGGAACCUACAGGGUCCCUCAACCACAACGGCGACGGCGAGGAGACCGCGCCGCGCCCGUUGGAUCCAUCAAGUUUGCGCGCCCACACGAGUCGCGGCAACGGCCUCUUCCAUGCCGACUCGUCGUUCAAUCCGCAGCGCGCCUCGUUCUCGCUCUUACGAGCGGCGGAGUUGCCGCCGAAAGGCACCGGGGCGGAUACCCUUUUCGCGGACUCGAGGACUGCAGCUGAGGAGUUGAGCGAGGAAUUACUUCAGAUUCUCUCUGGGGGGAUGAAGGCGGAUAAAAAUAAUGACGAGGAAGGAAACGAAAGAGAAAAAAUGGACGACGGAGGUAGGGAUGGAGCAGGGAAAGGCUUGAUAGGCGUGCAUUCCAUAGCGCACUCGCGCAAACUCGGGUCGCCCGAGUUCUUCGCGGACCUCGACCCGACGCCCUUGCCAAUGUCGCGCCACCGGAUCCUGCAGCGCCACGAGCCCAGCGGGCGGAUGAACCUGUACGUCGGGGCGCAUCUGCACCACAUCGAGCACGACGAAGACGGGGGGUCCGGCAAGGAGAUACCCGAUUCCUGGGCCCUCGUGCAGAAGCUCAAUGCCCACGCCUCGCAGGACAAAUACGUCAUAUCGGUGCCGUGGAACGACCCCGGGGACCUGGUCAUCUGGGAUAACCGCGCCGUGCUGCAUCGUGUCGGGGAGGGGUCGUUUGAGGGGAAGUAUAUACGUGAUUUACGACGGACUACGGUCCAUGAUGAUUCACCGACGGCUUGGGGGUUUAAUAUUGUUGGUGCGGCGUUUCCCUCGUCUCUUACUGGUCCGAAUGGAGAACCGCGGUGA